AUGUAUCUUCGUUCAUUAUCAUCACCACUGAGAGUUAUCACAUCUUUUCAGUUUUCAUUUGCAUUUGUUCGAUCAUGUUCUGUCUUGAGUAAUACACCUAUUUUAUCUCCUUCUACAUGUCUAUCACAAUCACAACGAACAUUUAUGUUUUGGCGAGCUAAUAUCGAACGAGAACUCUAUGGAACACCCAAUAAAGCAUUGGCAACAAAAAAACGUCGACGCCUACAGAAAAGUAUUACACAAAUUAUUCGUGACGGACAAUUGAUGCGUUUCUUAAAAGAAGCAUAUUUGCCUGAAUGGAAUAAAUGGUGGAAAGAAAUACAGCCUUGGGAUAGAAAACAUGAUUUUUUUCAUAAUGAUUAUGUUGUUAUACAUGAUUUUGCUAAUAAUGACGAAAUUAAAAAAUGGACUGUACGAACAGAUCUCGAUGAAGGUGUUGGCGAAUCAACAGCUGAACUUGUACCAAGUGGACAUGGUUCAGUUCUAUUUCGCGGGCAAAUAUCGUCGAAAGUUGUUAACCAAAAUACAUUAUAUAAUCAAAGUGGCUUCGCUAUUAUGUUUUCUGAACGAUUACGUGGAACAUUUCUUAUGCCAGCUCAUCAGAAAGGUUGGACUAAUUUUACUCAUAUUCUUUUACGUGUUCGAGGUGAUGGAAGAUUUUAUGAAAUUCGAUUUCAUACUCCUGAUCAAGAUCAUCAUCAUUGGGCUGAUAUGUAUUCAAUGAUUUUAUAUACACGUGGUGGUCCUUAUUGGUCAACAGCUAAAAUCCCUUUUGCACAAUUCUUUCGUAAUAAUAUGGGACGUAUCAGUGAUAAACAAUAUCCUUUUCAACCACUUACGUGCACACAAGUGUCUAUAUCUGUUCUUGAUGCUGCUGAUGGACCAUUCGAACUUGAAAUCGGGGAAAUUAGUCUCCUACGCGAUUUACGUUAUACAUAUGAUAAAUUUGCUUAUGAGCAAUAUACACUACCACCUUAUACAACUGUUUAUAAUUGA